AUGCAGUCGCUUGCGCAACUAAAGUACCCAUUUCUCCCUUACACCCCGUACACUCCGACACUCCGAUUACUCCUAUACCCCGAACACUCCGGCACUGCGGCCACUGCGGCACUCCGACACUUUCUCAACACAGCAGAGCCGAGAAGAAUGGCAUCAAGACUAGCAGCAUGUGAGCCUUGCAGGAAAUCAAAGCUUGCAUGCGACCAUAACCGGCCAGUUUGUACGCGCUGCAGCAAUAACAACCGAAAAGGCCACUGCGUCUACCGAAAUGCGCCCUUUAAGAGGAAAAGGAUUGAUACUGGCCCAGCGCUGAAUCCUUCACGAAGCACUCGUACCAUCGCCGAUACAGAAUCUAUAGUCCCGGCAUCUGCGCCGGCGCGCACGCCGAAUCGCUACCCGAAUCCAGGGUAUACCGGCUCAUCGAGCCAUGUUGCCAUCUUCAACUACAUUUCUGCAAAGGACAAUAGCCCUAACUCUGUCCUGGAUGGCGAGACAACCUUACCACGCACCCAACCCGAAGAUGACCUUCUCACCCAACGGGGCGCCGACUGCCUCAAGCAACUACUCAGCACGUUCUCUCUCCAGCAUAUGGAAGAUCUCGUCCAGUCUUGGCUCGCAAGGGGUGCGAAUCUCACUCUGACAGGCGGCAUUGUCCAGCAUUGCCUCAAGGGGGUUGACCUGCCAAUAUCAGCGACUUCAUCGAUCGAGGGGUGGCAUCUCGUUAAUGCAAAGUACCUGUCAGCCAAUUCAUCCCAACCUUUUGAGACGUGCAAGACAAUGUCAUUUCCGGGAUUCUGCGCGCAGUUCACCGAUCAGAAUACCCGGUGGGAGACGCUGGGUAUUUUCCUGUCCGCCGUGACCCGCGCCGCGAUGGACACGCCGUUCUUCCAGUCGUUGUAUACCAGCGAGGAGUGGAGACGCACGCUACAGAAAUUCUGCAUGAGAGUAGCGGAUUCCGCGCUCGAGAUUGCGCUCUCGCUGGAUUGUCUCAACGAUCUGCAGCUCUUCUUGCAGUAUGAGAAUUGGAUCGUGCAUACAAAUGUUUAUGGUGACCACAGCUACCAUUCAUGGCGCCGGCUCGGCGACCUUAUAGCUUCGAUCUACGCUCUAGGAUACCAUGAGAAACUGGACAACUAUCCCGACUGCCCACCGUUUCUAACAGAGCUGCGGAAGGCGGUCUUCGCACGAGUAUACUCCGGCGACAAGAACGUCGCUAUUUUCCUUGGUCAGCCUCCGCGUAUAGAUAAGCGGUUCUGCCAUUUUCAGGUUCCAUCUUCUCCAGGCGCCGAAGAUAUUUGGCUUUUAUCUGGCACUGCACCGGGUGGCGUGGAUAUCGCAGAGUGGAGGCCGGAUACGCGCGCGAGUUUCAUGGCGGAAUCCCGCUGGACUGCCAUGUGUGCUUAUUUAAAGGAAGAUAUCUUGUGUCUCCAGCGUGAGAAAGGGAGUGAUGCCGCCGACUUUCAGAGAAGGAUCGCCUCAUUUGAGCGUGACUUCCUCGCCGCAGUGCGUUUAAACCACCUUCAUGUAAUGUUUAUGCUGAGCCUACUGCAACUACGCACACCAGCAGAGCCAGAUACAUCUACUGUUGAAAUUGCAGAGGAGAUAAUCUCGCUGAUCGUGGACUUGAUCCUUCUUCGAGACCAGAUUGUGAAUUCUGGGACGAGUCUUGUGUGGAAGAUAACGUACUACGCCCUCCCAGCAGCAGGAAUCCUCCUUCUCGCUCUCCUAAACCAGCGCACCUCACCGACAGCACCACGCCUCAUGGGUCCCAAAGUCCUACAACAUCUCACGAUUCUUGCCGCGGAGCUCCAAGCAGGGUCAAUUAUUCAACCCUGUCAACCCAACUUCGAGCUCAUAUCCAAGGCCAUGCAGACUAUCCAGAGUUUUCUAGACUCCGUCGCUGCAGAUGCGAUGCAGGUCGCGCCAGGAUUUCUCAGUGGGACGAUGGAUGAGUGGCCGAGGUUUGCGAACCAGCAGACGUUGGAUUUUGAGAUUGGGUUUUGGCAGUCCCUCGCUGAUCAUCCAUUAUUGAAUCAGUUCGUGGACGGGGUCCUGUUUGAGUGA